AUGGUUGCGCAAAUACGCACGCCGUCGAAGUUAAAGUCGAUUAAAAAGCGCGGCAGCAACGCCGACGAGCUGUGUCUGGAAGAAUACACUGUGCCAGCAGAAAAAAGCGUUGAACAUUUUACAAAUGUCGACUUGGCACGCCUCAGAGAUGUUGAUAGUUUAAAGUUACGUCUGGAGACACUCGAACUUAAGCCGGAGGGUUGUAAGCCUUUGGAAACGCUACAACGUAAAACUCAACCAAUAUUCACCGUUGAGUGUCAACUGUCACCUGAGCUGUUGCAGCAUAUGCCACGCAAUGAAAUGUUCAAUAUUAUGCAGUUCGAAUCGGAUAACUAUACACCGCAGACACAACGCACGCACUUCGGACAGGAGACGCAACGCGCUAUCAAUUUGAAACCGAUUGCAGAUGAGCUGGAGCGUUUGAAUAGCGGUGGAAGUAGUAAUAUUGUGGCUUUUUCUCAUUUUGGUCGCAUACAUUUCAAUGUUUGGCUACGUGAACCGAAUACCUGCAGCAAUGAACUAUACGGCUUGGGCGUUUUUGAGUUAAGUGAGUUGUACAAUGGCGACGUGUCGUUGGCGCGUUGUAAGCGUAUAGCUAUACAGAGGCGUGGUGAGUCAUUGGCUGUGCUUUAUUUGAAAGUUAACCUACUUUCUGUCCAAACCGAACCGCAACCGAGUAAGCCGAGCAAGGUCAUAAAGUUUGCGCCGACUUCGGGGAUUUAA